UUUGGAGACGAGUGAGGUGAUAGAUAUAGACAUACCGAUAAUACGACUAAUCUACUUUGCGAUUACAUUUGGAAUAUACGAUGGAAGGUUCACGCAAGAGGUCUCGAUCUCUGGUGUGGAGUUACUUUGAUUUAGUAUCUCCCUCAAAGGUAAAAUGCAUAAUUUGCGAAAAGCAACUUGCAUUUAGCGGUAACACGUCUUCAAUGCUUCGCCACUUGAGGUCGACACAUCCUAGCGUUACAGAGGAGUAGGACAAUCCCGCUGUAUCUGCUCACACUGGAACUUCUAAGAAAGGCAGACAAGAGGAACUGGAUGAGGCUUUGGUUGACAUGGUGGUAGAAGAUUUGCAGCCCUUUUCUAUUGUCAAAGAUAAAGGCUUCCAGGCUUUUGUUAACAAUCUGGAUCCCAGCUACAUCCUCCCAACCAGAAAGGCACUUAAAGCCACAGUUCAGGCCAAGUACUGUGCAGCCAAAGAGAAGGCAAUGGCUGAGGUAAAGCAGGCCGCUUAUGUCAGCCUGACCUCAAAUAUGUGGACUUCAAUAAAUAUGGAUGACUAUCUGGGUGUCACGUGCCAUUAUGUCACAGCUGAAGCCAAACUGGCCACAGUUCUCCUUUCUGUCAGCCUAUUUCCCCAGACGCACACUGCUGCUCACAUCAUGGAGUCCAUGAGUGUGCUAAUGACGGACUGGGGAAUCAGUGGCAAGAUACAGUGCAUGGUGACUGACAAUGCAGCCAAUCUUGUUGCCACUGCCCAGCUGCUGAAAGUUCGUCAUGUGCCAUGCUUUGCCCAUACCCUGAAUCUUGUAGUAAAGAAGGCAAUUGACCAGACCCCUAAGCUCCAGGAAAUUCAUCAAAAUGCAAAGAAAAUUGUGUCUUUGUUUAGGUCAAGUUGCAAUGCUAAGGAAAAACUAUCGGAGAUGCAUCAGCUAAUGGGCAGGCCAGUGCAGAAGGUGGUUCAAGAAGUGGACACCAGAUGGAACAGCACUUACGACAUGCUGCAGCGUCUGUAUGACCAACGUGAGGCAGUGGGUGCUGCCCUCUCUAAUUUAAAGACAGAGGUUGUUCCCUUAACAAGUGGGGAGUACAAUAUUAUUAAUGAAUGCCUGUCCCUCCUCCUUCCACUAGAACAUGCAACAACUGAGAUGUCUGCAGAGAAAACGGUGUCUGCAUCAAAAAUGAUCCCAUUAUAUCGCAUGUUGCAACACAACAUCUCGGAGAAGAGUACCAAGGUGACCAGGGAGGAGUCCAUACAAUUAGGUGUGCAUCUGCAGGAAAGCUUGCGCUCCACAAUCCAUACACUGGAAUCCAUCCGGGUUUUGGCCUUGGCUACGCUGCUGGACCCAAGAUUCAAAACUAUUGGCUUUGGCAAUCCAGACCGUGUCAGAGAGGCUGAGAGACAACUCACCUUGGAGUGCGCAUCCCUCGCCAGACUCUGUGCACGUGACACCCCAAGGAGAGCAGGCUGGCUGUGUGACUGCAGUGGGGCAGAUGAAUCGAGAACAAGGGGCUCAGGUUUAUGAGGCUGCAGAGAUCAGCAGAGCCUCCAGGAGGAAUCAACAUGGAAAACUGUUGGAGUUCAUCAUAAAGGGCCAUGGAGCAGAUGAUCACUUACUGGUAACUGAGUUCAGAUAACAAGUAAAACUU